AUGGACGGAUGUGAUUGCAUCGAGCCACUAUGGCCUACCGAUGAUCUUCUCGUCAAGUAUCAGUACAUCUCAGACUUCUUCAUAGCCCUUGCGUACUUCUCGAUUCCAUUGGAGCUCAUAUAUUUUGUGAAGAAGUCAUCCUUCUUCCCAUACAGAUGGGUCUUGAUCCAGUUUGGUGCGUUUAUAGUUCUUUGUGGGGCAACCCAUCUGAUAAACCUGUGGACUUUCACCACACAUACAAAGACCGUUGCGAUGGUCAUGACCAUAGCAAAAGUUUCUACAGCAGUUGUGUCCUGCGCAACUGCUUUGAUGCUUGUUCAUAUCAUCCCCGACUUGUUGAGUGUGAAAACUAGGGAGUUGUUCCUGAAGAAUAAAGCUGAAGAACUUGAUAGAGAGAUGGGACUGAUAAGGACGCAGGAGGAGACCGGUAGACAUGUUAGGAUGCUUACACAUGAAAUCAGAAGUACUCUUGAUAGACAUACAAUUUUGAAGACUACUCUUGUUGAGCUAGGAAGGACCUUGGGUCUGGAAGAAUGUGCAUUGUGGAUGCCAUCUCGAAGUGGCUCAAGCCUUCAGCUUUCUCAUACUUUGCGCCACCAGAUUACUGUCGGAUCAUCGGUGCCAAUUAAUCUUCCUGUCGUCAAUCAAGUGUUCAGUAGCAACCGGGCAAUUAUAAUACCCCACACAUCUCCUUUGGCGCGGAUUCGACCUCUUGCAGGGCGAUAUGUUCCACCAGAAGUGGCUGCAGUCCGUGUACCUCUUCUACACCUUUCAAACUUCCAAAUAAAUGAUUGGCCUGAGCUCUCAGCGAAAAGCUUUGCAAUCAUGGUUUUGAUGCUUCCAUCUGAUAGUGCAAGGAAAUGGCAUGUGCAUGAAUUGGAGCUGGUUGAGGUCGUUGCUGAUCAGGUAGCAGUUGCACUAUCUCAUGCGGCUAUUCUUGAAGAGUCCAUGAGAGCACGUGAUCUACUAAUGGAGCAGAAUGUUGCCUUGGAUUUAGCUCGAAGAGAGGCUGAGAUGGCUAUCCGUGCUCGCAAUGAUUUCCUAGCUGUUAUGAAUCACGAAAUGAGAACACCCAUGAAUGCAAUAAUAGCCCUUUCCUCCUUGCUUUUGGAAACUGAGCUUACUCCUGAGCAGCGUCUAAUGGUGGAAACAGUACUGAAAAGCAGCAAUCUGUUAGCAACACUCAUCAAUGAUGUGCUGGAUCUUUCCAAGCUUGAGGAUGGAAGCCUUGAAAUGGAGAUUAAAGCAUUCAAUCUUCAUGCUGUUUUCAAAGAAGUGAUGAGUUUCAUUAAACCAAUUGCAUCUAUCAAGAGGCUAUCUGUAUCGGUUAUGUUGGCACCAGAUUUGCCGUUAUGUGCUAUUGGUGAUGAAAAGAGACUCAUGCAAACUAUUCUGAACAUCUCUGGCAACGCUGUAAAGUUUACCAAGGAGGGACACAUCACGCUUGUAGCUUCCAUUGUGAAGGCUGACUCUUUGAGAGAGUUCAGAACCCCAGAAUUUCAUCCAACUGCAAGUGAUGACCAUUUCUAUUUGAAAGUUCAGGUAAAAGAUACAGGUUGUGGAAUUGGUCCUCAGGAUCUACCUCAUGUAUUUACAAAGUUUGCUCAUCCUCAAGGAAACCGAGGGUUCAAUGGUAGUGGUCUUGGCCUUGCCAUCUGCAAGAGGUUUGUUAGUCUCAUGGGAGGGCACAUCUGGAUCGACAGCGAAGGAACUGGAAGAGGUUGCACUGCAACAUUCGUUGUCAAGCUCGGCGUGUGUGACAACACAAACACCUACCAGCAGCAGCUGAUUCCUCUAGUCUGGCCAAGCAGUGCAGACUCCGAUUUGUCUGCUCCGAAAGUGCUUCCCGACGGGAGAGGAUCUACUUCCCAGAAGUCUCGGUACCAAAGAAGUAUAUGA